CCCAGCAAGAACUGUCUUCAUUUCAUCAACAAUAAGUAACCAAAAAUGAGUGUAAUAGAGUGCCCGUCCGAUCUGACGCUCAUCAGCGAUGAAAUGUCCAUCGGUGACGUUAUCCAGGAUAUCAUUCGGAUGGGUCCGCAUGAAGAUCCGCUUCAUGUGCUUGAUUUGGACGAUGUCGUCCGCAAGCACUACGGCUGGUGUGCGAAGAUGCCACGCGUGAAGCCGUACUACGCGGUCAAGUGCAACGACGAUCCUCGCAUCCUGCAAACGCUGAUGACGCUCGGGACGGGCUUCGACUGUGCGUCCAAGGGUGAGAUGGAACGCAUGAUCGGGCUAGGUGUGAAGCCGGACAACAUUAUCUUUGCACAACCGGCCAAGUCCAUUCCAUCGCUGUUGUAUGCACGCUCGAAACAGGUGUCCGUGAUGACGUUUGAUGGAGCAGUAGAGCUGGAAAAGAUCCACCAGUACUAUCCCGAGGCACGACUGGUGUUGAGAAUGCGCCACGAUUCUCUUCAGGUACGGUGCUCGUUGGGCAAGAAGUUUGGGUGUGAUCCGAUCUCGGAAGCUCCAGAGCUGUUGCGGUAUGCGGCAACACUUCGAAUGAAUGUGAUCGGUAUCAGCUUCCACGUGGGCUCGGACUGUGACGAGCAUCAGGUGUACUACGACGCGGUGAAGAUUGCAAAGGACCUGUUCGAUUAUGCGAAGACAAUUGGAUACGAUUUCAGCUUGCUGGACAUUGGUGGUGGAUUCCCGGGCGAUAAUAACAAACCGAUUGAUCGAUAUGCAAAAGCAGUGAACGUGGCAAUAGAUCACUACUUCCCGGCGGAGUUGGACAUUCGCAUCAUUGCUGAACCGGGUCGUUACUACGUCGCGUCGGCAGUGACGCUGGUAUCGUUUGUAGACUCGAAGCGUGUGGUGAAGGAGAAGCAGGAGGAUGGCACUGAGAAAACGCGGAUGUAUUACUAUCUGAAUGACGGUGUGUUUGGAACGUUCUACUGCACUGCACAUGAAGCACAGCCAGCUAUACCGAUCGUAGAGCGAAAGUUGGGAGCGAAGGAGUACAGCUCAUCGGUUUGGGGACCAACCUGCGAUGUGAUGGAUUUGAUUCUACCCGAUGUGCUUCUACCCGAGCUGGAUGUGGGAGAUAGCGUAGUGUUCGAAAAUGUGGGAGCCUACGGACAGGUGCUCUCCUGCCGUUUCAAUGGAUUCGCCAUACCCAAGGUGGUGCCAUACUUGCGCGAAGGUACCUGGAAAAUACUGCAAGACUUGACUGCUGCAUCGGCCGCCAUCUCGGCACGCUCCAUCGAUAGUUUGGACGGCAAGCUGCUAGUUACUCAUGAAAGCUAUGCACCCAUCGCUGAGGCAACUUAUUUGGUUUGA